AUGAUUGAUGAGGCCGCCGCUAGGUUUAGGAGGAUUGAUACGUCCGCAUUUUGUUUGUAUGGGUAUAGUGGUGGCGGACAGUUUGUGCAUCGAUUUGCGUAUUUGCAUCCCCGGCGAGUGCGCGCGCUGGCCUGUGGUGCGCCGGGGACGCAGACUUUUCUCAAUUUCUCGCAGAGGUUUCCGGAUGGAGUGCAGGAUUGGGAAGAAGUGUUUGGUGCGCCGCUGGAUAUAAAAGCGGUGAUGGGCAUUCCGUCCAUGUUUGUGGCCGGGGAUCAGGAUACGGAUAUCUUUUAUGCGAUGGCUAGAGGGAGGAUCAGAGAGGAUCAAAAGGAUGACGAGGUUGCUAUGGCGAAGUUUAAGGAUGGGAGGUAUGGAGCGACAAAUCGGUUGUGUGAGAAUUGGGUGCAGGUGGGAGUGAGGAGUUGUGUUAUGGUUAGUGUUGAGGGGGUGAAGCAUGAAGAGAGGCCGAUGUUGGAGUCUGUGAAGGGGUUUUUUGAAAAGUUUGUUACUGCUGCUACUACUACCUCGUCAGAAGAUCGAGCAAAAGUUUAG